UUUUAUUAACAAGCCAAAAUUCAGAUAGGGCAUUCCAAGAGUUUUAUUAACAUCAAAUUUUCACACGUGUUUUCUCAGCAAUGGCUGAAGGUAAACCUUAACCAUAACAAAACAAACUCCAUGAUUUUGGUUCACUUUUUCCUUGGACGAGUUUUCAGCCAAUGGAGGCCUUUUCGUUUUUUUGUUCAGAGCCAGUGGAAUCAAAUCAAUUUUUAACAUUUUUAGAAACUGGGAAAGCAAUUCAACAGGAAAUCCUGUCCAUGAUAGCUAUAACUGAAAUAGUAUAAAAAAUCCUGGACUGAUACUAUAGUAUUCAAUUGUGAGAUACACCAUAGUUUGAAAGCUAUGCUUUAUUCUCUGACAGAUUCAAAAAGAAAGAAAUAAAAUGGAGAGCCAAAGGAGCAACUGAGAGCUGCAACAGUUGAGCAAACUUUCAAUAUGACUAGGAAACCAAACGAAGCCCUUAAUUCUUCAAGGUCUUGGUAGGAGACUUUGAUAAGAAGUUGAGAAUUCCACCAGCUUUUGUGAAGUAUGCUUCCAACGGAAAUGUGACUACCAUGUUCACCUUGUAUUCUGACUCAGGGAACUCAUGGCGAGUUUAAGUCAAAGUUCAACAAGGAAGCUACUUUUUCAACAGUGGAUGGUCAAAGUUUGUCAAAUACCAUGGCCUGGAAAAAGGGAUUUUCUGGUUUUCUUUUUGGUUGAUAGUUCAAUGCUUGAUGUUUUUAUUUAUAAUCGAACAGCAUGUGCAAAGAACAUCAGUUUGGCUGCUAAGAAACCAAAGGGUCGACCCCCUAGAGUUAGCAGACAGAUUGAACAAACCCCAAACAAGAAACCAAGAACAGUUUCUCGUGCACAGGAGGCUGAGUUUGUAUCUGAAGUAACCCCAAAGCAUGUUUCAUUUCAAAUGGUUGGGAAGGAAUACCAUAAAUACUAUGGUUAUAUUCCGCGUUGUUUUGUCAAAGAAACAGGCAUGGGAAAGGAAUCCAUAACGGUAAUUAAGGAUCCAAGAGGUGGGAUGUGGCUAAUGAAGACCAACGUGAGCAGAGGACAGGUUCGUUUUGGUUGUGGAUGGUUCCAGUUUCUGCAUGGAAACGAAAUAGCUGCUGGAGAUACCCUGUUGUUUGAGCACCUUCCAAAUACAGGCAAUUUUAUCCACAUACAAGUUAUUAACAAGGGUGGAAAUGGGAAUUGUGGGAGACUAAACAAGCAAGCAAAUCCCUGUGAGGACACCAGCCUUGCUGCUAAGCGACCAAGAGGUCGACCUCGCAAGCAAAUUGAAGAACCACCAAGCACAAAAUAUGCUCCAAGCACGGCUUUUUGAAUAUUGAACUGUUGAAGAUGGUGACCAUGGGUUACAUUGUAUGCCAGUCUUACUUUUGUUUGGUCUGUAAGAAAAAGAAAUGGUAUGAUCAUGAAAUUGAAAAGCCCUUUAAGUUCGGUGAUCAA